GUCGUGUUUGGUAGUGAAUCAUCGGAGAACAGGAUCCACGUGGGUUGUUUUUCAAUCUGACUAGAAUGCACUCCAUUCUCAAUUAUAUUCCCCAAACAGUCCCCUAAUCUUUGCCCCCUCUGCCUCCCCCUUUUGCUUGCAGUGCAACUCAAGUGCACUUCCCAGCUUCAUCUCCACACUGCUGAGCUUCUCUCUCUCUCUCUCUCUCUCUCUCUCUCCUCAUUUUGUGUGCAAGUUUUUUUUGAGAGAGAAAGGGGUGUAAGAGAUUGGAGAGAAAAUGAGUACAGGAACAAGCACAUUUGUGAUCAGAUGGAUCAACUUUCUCACAAUGCUAUUAGCAGUCGUUGUGAUGGGUUUUGGAGUAUGGAUGAGCACUCAUCAUGAUGGCUGUCGGAAGUCUCUCACUCUCCCAGUUCUAGGCCUAGGUGCUGUCAUAUUUGUAGUAUCCAUAAUUGGCUUCUUGGGCGCGUUGAAGAAGAACUCCAUAUUGUUAUGGAUUUAUUUGAUCAUGUUGUGCUCCAUUUUGGUUGCAAUUUUGGUCUUCACUGUUUUGGCGUUUAUCAUAACCAAUAAUGGAUCUGGUCACAAAGUAGCUGGUUUGAGGUACAAGGAGUAUCAACUUCAAGAUUAUAGUUCAUGGUUUCUAAAACAGCUAAACAACACCCAUAAUUGGGAACAUUUAAGGGGCUGUCUUGUGAAAUCUGAUGACUGUAACAACCUGUCGAAGAAAUAUAAGACACUAAAAGAAUACAAAGUGGCAAAACUAACCCCCAUUGAGGCUGGUUGCUGUCGACCACCAUCUGAGUGCGGUUAUCCAGCUAUUAAUGCCUCAUACUACGACUUGAGUUUUCAUCCAAUCAGUUCCAACAAGGAUUGCAAGCUUUACAAAAAUUCCAAGGCAAUCAAGUGCUACAGUUGUGAUUCUUGCAAGGCAGGAGUUGCACAGUACAUGAAAACUGAAUGGAGGGUGGUUGCAAUCUUUAAUGUGGUUCUGUUUGUUGUCUUGUCAAUUAUAUACUUUGUGGGAUGCUGUGCAAGACGAAAUGCAGCAAGGAACCGAUCUAAAGUUUGACAUGGACCUACUAUCUCCACGGGUUUUCGCUCUGCCAGAGAUUAGUUUACGUUCCUUAUGAAUCACACGGUCUAUAUGAGUUGUUAAUUGUUUGUAGUUCUGGAGAAACAGAUAGACAACAUCAUCUGUUCUCAAGCACCGUGUUAGAAAUUCAUUGCUGGAGCAUGUCUAUUCUGAAUCAAUAGAAUUUGUGUAAAGGUUUUAUCAUUUGAGAGUAGAAAAAAGUUGUAUGGAAUUGCAUGAUUCUGUGCUUGUAGUGGGGGUGCAACAUUGGUUCUUGCAUUGCAUUAUCUGACAACUUGCAAAGAUAUUGGUACUAAGGAAGUCAUGGUAAUUUUAAUGCA